AUGGUUGGGGUCCCCGGAAAAUCAAAAGCGUGCAUCAACUGUCGCAAGCGUCGAUCGCAGUGCGAUAUGAAACGACCCUCAUGUGGUCAAUGCCAAAGAUCUGGUAUCACAUGCGCCGGCUAUCAGAAAGAGUUCAUCUUCCUGAACAGCACUACGCAAGAAGGCGAGGAUGGCUCCAUUUCGCUUGAGAAGGAGAGCUACUCAGCGGGAAACAGAACAAAGAACCCAACGACUACAAUUUCCGCCGCAUCGAGCGCAGCCGCUACCCGUGCAACAACUCCUGUAGUUCUCCACGAAACUCUUGAGCAUAGCGCCUACGAGGAUAACGUUAUUGAUGAAUUUUGGGCGUCGUAUCUCCCCAAUGGGCGUGCCCCCUCAGAAGAUGUUAUGAAGUACUCCACGUAUGGCUGGACCAGCGUGGCACAAAGUCUGCACACAGAGAACCCUAUAAUUCGAAUUGCCCUUUUGGCCAGUGCCUUGGGAAUGAUAGGCCGGCAACGAAACGACCCAGAAAUCUUUCAGCAGAGCCGCAAGGCGUAUGGAGAGACUCUGUUAGCCGUGGAAAAGUCACUCCGCGACCCUGGCAAGCAUGAAGCCCAUAUUGUUCUGACCGGACUCCGACUUGUUAGCUUCUACGAGUUGUGGUUUGGGUCAGAUGGGGAUGGCUCGGCGGCUCAGUAUCAUAGACUGAUGGCCCACACAAACGGUACCAUGGCGUACUUGCUUACCAAAGGUCCCAACGCAUUUUCAGAAGGCUGUGCCCAUCAAUUAUUUUCAGAAAUCCGAUUGCCGCAGGUCGUCGCCGGAUUACACGCUCACACGGCCGCUCCGCUCGCCAGGCAUGAAUGGAAAACGAUUCCGUGGAGCGAAAUACCCAAGACCCCCAGAGAUACCUUGUUUGAUAUCAUGCUAGAGCUUCCGGGCCUGUUUGAAGAAAGCGACCGCAUUAAGGCUCUGGGUGAUGGUGAUGAACACCUGGCACAUGCUCAGUCGCUACUCGUGGGAAAGUGCUGCAAGCUGCACGAAGACUUGCAAGCAUGGGCAGAAAGAGAUGGAAAGCAGGCUCUGGAAUUAGCAGAGUCAGUGAACUGGGAAAAAGCUGAUACGGCCAGUUCCACGACAUCUUCAGAAGAGUUCGCUUUGGGUCACCUCCUCAUGCUCCACCAUGCCUCCCGAAUCAUCUUGUAUGAUGCAUUGCGCUCUCAGACUGGAAGCAACGUGGAAGCUAUUCCCGAGUACACUGACCCACUGCUCUAUUGCCGCAAGAUGGGAAAUUUCAUACCCUUUUUCCUAGUGCCCAAUGCAGGCUCUGUCUUCCUGGACAUGGCGAUAUUCCCCAUCACAGUCGCGCUUGAUUACCUGAGCAGGAACGAGGUAACUGAGCCUUCGGCUGAGAAGCUUCUCCUCCUUCGGGCUUUCCAAGGCCAUGUCGGUACAGCCGCUUCGAUGCUGUUAACAAGUUACCAGAGAACACGGAAGCCGGCGGGAAGACCCCUCCUAGAAUAG